CAUGCGUAGUCGCCGCCAUUGGUUGCGUGUUGAGGAAGGGAAUUUCCUGUGGAUAAUUUUGUGAAUUUUUUCUUUAUUUUGGUUGUUAAAGUGAUCUUUCGAAUACAUUUGGAUAGAUUUUCAAUAAAUUUUUGUGUAAAGACUGUGAACGAACACUUUCUUAAUCUGUGGGGGUGAAAAAUUAAGUGGGAUGUCUGCAAAUGUCGAUCAGAGGUCAAAGGGCCAGUCUAAUCAAGUGUCAAAUGGUGCAGGAAAAGAUGUGAUGAAAGAAGAUGAUGGCUAUCUGCAACCCCCACAACACCCAGUUAGAUCAUGGAGCGAUCAGACCCAAGAUACCACUUAUGGUGCACCACCAAUGUCAACUGGAGGAGUUACGGAUUCAUUCUUUCAGAGCUAUUAUCCGUCAAACAUGACAUACCCUUUUAUGAAUCAAGGACUAGGUGGCAAUGAAGGACCUUGGUCAAAUGGAGCUGACACAAUGUUUGGCAUGGGAUAUGACUACAAUGUUUAUGGUGGCUUUGGGUUCCCUUUCAACAAUUGGGAGUAUGCCGCCAAUGACUAUUGGGGCAACUCACAACCAGUUCGAAAAGACCAAAGAGGUUAUCCCUCAGAGGAGGCUUACUAUCCUGCAGACAUGAUGCCUCAAGACAGCUAUGGCAUAAUGAAUGGUGUUUCUGCACCUCCUGAGCAGCAAGAGCCAAUCGGGUCUGUAGAACAGGGAAUGCGCAACAUGACAUUGGCUGCUACAGCUUCUUCACCAAUUGACUCUAAUGGUCGGAAAAAAAUUGAUAUAAGCCAGCCCCCUGGUAUGUCUGAUGGUUUUGGGGUUGAGCCUUCACAUUUGAUGCCACCUUCACAUUCGCAGUCUGUUUCAUCUUCCAUGAUGAGUGGUGGUGGGCAAAGUCAGCCUAAGAAAUCUUCAUGGGCUGCCAUUGCUAGCCAGCCAGCCAGACCCCAGCAGCAGCUUAGGCCUAGGACUAUACCUCGUCCUCCGGUGAACCCAAAUAAACCUCACAGCAUGGACAUUGGGACAUGGGAUGUAAGGGGUAAUCCAAAUAAAGUGACUGCUCCACCAUCACAACAGCCUUCCUCACAACCACAGCAGACUCGUCAAAGCUGGGCAAACAGCUCUGCCCGCAAUAGACAGAUCCAGCCCCACUCCACUAGUGGUCCAGGAAAUGAUCCAGGCAAUGCUGGUAACAGCACAAACCUCAACUCCAACAACAACAGCAGCGUCAAUAGUGCACCUGUUAAUCCAGGCAAUCAUAGCCCACCUUAUUCUUCAAGCUAUGUGAGUAGUGCAGGAGCAAGUACCACCAACAGAAGUAAUUCUAGUAACAAUGUUGCAACAACGAACGGUGAGAACAGCCAUGCUAGUGCUCCAGCCUCGUCACAUCCUGUUUUGGACCAACUGAAAUCUUCCAAUUUGUACAAUCCCAAGGAGUUUAACCUCAAUCCAAAAUCUGCUCGUUUCUUUAUCAUUAAAUCUUACUCAGAGGAUGAUAUCCACCGCUCUAUCAAGUAUAAUAUCUGGUGCAGCACAGAACAUGGUAAUAAAAGGCUGGACCAAGCAUUCAGAGAAAGAGAAGGCAAAGGACCUGUCUACCUCAUUUACUCGGUAAACGGAAGUGGUCAUUUCUGUGGCAUUGCCCAGAUGAUGUCACCAGUAGAUUACAACAAAAGUGCUGGUGUGUGGGCCCAGGACAAGUGGAAGGGCCAGUUUGUUGUUAAAUGGGUGUAUGUGAAAGAUGUUCCUAAUAGUCAGCUAAGACAUAUCCGGCUGGAGAACAAUGAAAACAAGCCAGUGACAAAUUCAAGAGACACACAGGAGGUACCCCCUGAGAAAGGCAAGCAGGUCUUGCGAAUUGUACACAGCUACAAGCACACAACAUCAAUUUUUGAUGACUUUACCCACUAUGAAAAACGUCAAGAAGAAGAUGCUCACACUGUCUCUACACGUGAGAAUCGUAAUGAUUUAAGAGAUCACCGCAGUGGUGACAGAGACCAUAGAGGGGGUGGUGAUCGUGAUCGAGGAGACCGUGGUGAUAGAGAUCGUGGUGACCGUGACAGGGGAGAUGGACGGGAUCGGGGUGAAGGUCCUGGCGGUAGGAACAGGGACAACCGCAGAGGUGGACAUGAUGGUGGUAAUCGCGGUGGUCGUCAGAAUUAAGACAGGAUUGUUAGGGACUCCUUCCCUCCUCCCUGCUAAAAGUCAGCUGUUUGGAAACACCAGGAUAAUUCACUUAUACACUAGUGCUUCAUCUUUAACAUGCUAUAAAGCUGACAAGGGCCAUAGGGAGAAAACACUCUCUGUUGUGCUUUUUUUAAUUUUAUCAUUUCUCUACAUAUUUUUCUCUAAGCAGUAAGUAGUAAUGACUGAAGUUCCAUGUUAUUUGGUGAAACCCUUUCAAUAAUUUCUUCUUCAACCAUUGAAAAUUAUCUUCAUAUCUGGUUUUAUUUACCUGAGGAGGGGUGGAGGAGGAUAACUACUCUGAAGGGAUCCACCACUUAUGUUUUUAACGUUCUGUGUAUUUUGGACGUGCUGGUAACUUUGUAAGCAUGCAGAGACCUAAUGAAAUGUAGAAAACAUUUCACUGCUGUACAUGAAAUAUAUCACGGCAGACUCUGUUUGGAUUCUUUUAAUCUCUAGAUUCAAACAAAAUUGUUAAACUAUUCCAGUUGGGCAACAACAACCUCAAAAUGAACAGACAAAAGACUGCUUUUAAUGAAUACAAAUUUGACUUGGUAUCAAGGAGUUCUACUUUGUUACUCCCACAGACUUAGUGUUUCUGCUCAUGUUAUAAUUUUUUUUAAAUUCCUGAGAACAGUGAAGUUUGACACUUGGUAGACGUGUAUAUGCAUAGUGUUUUGUUCAGAUCAUUCAGUGAACUUCAUCAGUUUUUAAAGUUCUGGGAAGAAUUAACAAUCACAUCUGACUGCUAUACAGUUGUAAAAUACGGGACAAAAUUCAUUAGUUUCUUAUUGUCUUUUGCUGUCAAGACACCAGUGAUCACUGCUGAAGAUGGCUGCCACAAGGACAUCUGUCUGAAGGGAAUGGAUAACGCUGGCCAAAGUGUUUCAUCUGUUAGUGUCACUGAGUUUUUAACAUAAGGGCUCCCCUAUUUUCCAAUGUUGUGUGCGAUCAGUAGUGGCAGUCAUUCAAACUAGUAAGAAACAAUCUUUUUUCAGUGUGAUAAAAACUUUUAAGUGUCACUUCCACCUGCAGUCCAAAGUUUCAUGUUACAUGAGUGCGAAAUUUAGGUUUUUUUUUUUUUUUGUUCCUUUACUAGAUCAGAUUUUAAAAUUAAGAUUGGAGAAAAGCAGUUUUUUGUUUUAUUGAUAUGGAUGCCUAUUUAAAUAUUGUAAACAUAAAACAGCCUUUAUUUCAAACAAAUACAUGAGUUUUAGCCUACUCUACAUGUUUUUGUGUGUUAACUAACUUUAUAGGCCAUUUAUUAUUUUGGCAAGGCGAUGUAGUUUUUAUCAAAAUUAUAAUUCAUAUUACAAAGAUUUCAUUAUGCAUGAUUACUUAGUUGAAAAAGCUGAUUGUAUAAAAAUUCACAGUAUAAAAAAUUUCAUUUGCUAUUUAGAUUGAGUUUGGAUUCCUUUUUGAGCAAAUGUAUUCCUCUCUCCUUCCCUCAUUGAUUUUAUAACUGUAUUAGAAUGUGUUGAUUUUGAAACAAUUUUUUUUCUUACAACAAUAAUAUUCUUUCAUGUUACUUGUAAUAGUUGCUGAAUCAGAUAUUUAAUUACCCUGGUAAACUGUCUGUCAAAGUUUAGUUGAGACUUGCCCUCCAGCAUCAGCUGUACACAUGUCUGAUGAGUUUCUGCUUCAGCUUGAUGCUACACACUGUCAGGUCUAUUCCAAUACAAACUAUUUUGGCAGCACUGUUAUCCUUCACUUGUACUUUAUGUCAAAUUUAAUAAAUAUUCAAAAAGUAGUUUUUUUUCCUUUGUUUUAUUACUAAGUACCAAUAUUGGUCUUUAAAAUUUUAUAUGUAACAUUUUGUCCAGACAAUGCAUCAUUUGCUUACCAUAGUUGAAUUUACCUCGACAUUGUUGCUUCAUUACAAGUGACUUAAUCAGCUUGUAAGUGUAACAUCUAUUUUGGGUGGGAUUUAUUUUACUAGACAGGAACUCCAAAGUAAUGAUCCAAUUCCUUUAAUCCAUUUCAUCAAAAUUAAAUAUGAUUCUACAUUAGGCCUACCUGAGUGCUAUAAUCUUAAUUGCUGAUGGAAUUUAUUUUAAAAACUUCCACUUCACUGCUGAGGGAAAGUCAACAUGCCUGCAUUUUAUUUUUACUGGUAAAGUUAACAUUUUAAAAAGCUGCAGAAAACAGUUAUAAUUGUUCUUCUUAUUUUUAAAUUUGUUUGAUUCAUGGCAAAAGCAGUUGUCUCAUUACUUGACAUUUAUAAGUCCAUCAAUUUUGCUAAUACACUAAAAGUUUACUAUGGGGUCUAGUGUCUAUAUGUUUCUGUUACUGCUUAAUACUAGACAGGGAAGGGCGUAAUGAGCUCAAUGUAUUUCUAUAAAUAUGCAGUUUCACCUGUAUAAAUUAACUUUUUUCUUGGAAGUUUCAAAAUUUAACUUGAGCUUAAUACAUGUUGCUGUGCAUGUUUAACUAUAUUAAAUAGCUUAAAUCUGAUUAAAAAUUUAAAAUUUUUUAUACAACACAAACUUCAUUCAUAUCAAAAGCUAUAAGUAAUACUAUAGUACUUUUGUUUGUCACAUUUAAGAAUUUUUUGGUUUUGUCCAUUUUCUUUGUCUUAUUUUUUUCUCUUAUGUCCAUGUUUUUAUUUUUUUAUUUGUUAGUAAUGUUAGGUUGUUAUUAAGUUACGUCUGUGUUUUAUUUUUGUGUGUUGGUUUUUAAUGAAUAUAUUUCUCACCUAAAUGGGUUCAAUGAGAUGUAUAAAAAACAACUUUUGGAGCUGUAAUUUUUUUUUACUCUUUCUUCCACUUGUUAGCAUUUUUAUCUCUUUAGUUAUAUCUUAGCUGCUUUUUCCAUGAAUUUUUUUUAUCUACCUUCUGUUUCUAUGGAAUUCAUUGUACAAAUCUAGCUCAAGAGGAAGCUUCUAGCCAACAAAUGUUUGUUCUAGCAAGUAGUUAGGUUCAACAUGAUCAAUUUACAAUGACCAGUCUAGGCAUUUAGAUGCAGGCACUGCUAAAUGAGCAGCACACCGGGUUUUUUCUUGCUUCACCAGGUGGACUUAACUAGACUUGGUCUAUUUAUGUGUGACUUACAAAGUAGUAAUGGCUAGUCUUUUAAUAGACUUUGUGGCUGCACAAUUUUUGUUACCAUAGGAUUACUUUGUUGAAUCAAAAUGAUCUACACAUGCAAGAAAUCGUGUUACAAAUAUAUAAUUGUAGAAAAAGCCUGGGAUUUUUUUUUGUGUUAAAAUAAUUCCCUUUUCAUCCCUAGCAAAUUGAUAAUUUUAAAACUAAUUGUAUUAAACAUUUGUCUUAAAGGGUUAAAUCAUUAUCUUCAUCUUGCGUGGUGGAUGUGUAUGUACCAAUAAAAUAUAAUGUUCUUUUGUCUGCCUCUCUUA